AUGUCGGCGCGGAGGAUUUUCACAAGUGCUGGGAGGUUCUUCCACUUUCAACUGCAAAUGGAAAUGGGUAUCAUUCAAUCUCCAUCCUUAUUAUUUGCCAAUUACUUUCAUUCUUCUACUUCCAUGCAUGUUCCUAAAGAUGCAAAAUCUCAACGUUUUUUGAGAUCUAAGUUCAAGGACAUUGAUGAUGCCUUAGCUUCCUUUAAUCAUAUCAUUCUUAUGCGUCCUCUGCCUUCUAUUGUUCAGUUUUGUCGAUUUUUAUCUGCCCUUGUGGGGAUGAAACAAUAUCACACGGUCAUCUCUUUGUGCAGAACAAUUGAGUCUCUAGGAAUCUCUCACAGUGUUUAUUCUCUUUCUAUAUUGAUUAACUGUUUCUGCCGAUUACACCUUGUGAAUUUUGGCUUCUCAAUUUUGGGGAAAUUUAUCAAAUUUGGAUUGGAGCCCAAUACUGUGACAUUUACUACCUUAAUUAAUGGGCUCUGCAUAGAUGGUAAAAUCAAUGGAGCAGUAGAUUUUUUCAAUGAUAUGGUUACUGGAGGAUAUCAACCUAAUGUUCAUACCUACAAUGUGAUAGUAAAUGCUCUAUGUAAAGGCAACACAGCUUAUUGA